UAGUAGUUAAUAUAUAAGAGUUGUAAGAUAUUGUUUCCUCAUUAUAAUUUGGUAACAAAAUGGAUAGUAUUUAUGACCGCACACUUUAUGAGAUUGGAAAUGAGAACAAAUACCAAAAACGUUUUGAGAUUACAUAUCUUGUAAUAUUUAUAGGAUUUUGGGGUAUGACAUAUAUGAAUAUGAUUCUCUCUCUGGCAAUAACACCACACACGUGUAAAAUUCCAGAGAAACCCAGAAAUAUCAGUGAAAUGGAUUGGAAAAUUAUAAAUAUACCAAGGUGCGAAGAUAUUAAUACGAAGCAAACAAAAUUCGAAAAUUGUCUAGUAUAUGCUGAGCCCUACAAGAAUAACAAAACCAUGGCAUGUCAAGAAUAUACUUUUGAUACAACAUGGUAUGAUACGACGGUGCCAUCAGAAUAUAACUGGGUGUGCGACAAAGAAUUGAAUGUUGCUAAUAUAUUGGCUUACAGCAAAGUUGGAGAUAUUAUUGGAUCAAUCUUCUUGGGCUGGUUCAGUGACGUAUAUGGCCGACGCUAUACAUACAUAAUUUCAGUAGCGAUGUUGUUAUUUGGACGUUUAAUUUCCUUAGUAGCUGGAAAUUCAUAUUUUUUUUUUUCUGUUGGAUGUUUCAUUGCAAAUUUACCAUCUUGGUCAGCACCACAAAACGUUACAUCCAUAUCCAUAGAAAUGUCUUCAACAAGACGCCGAUCUCUUAUUGCCAGUAUGCGCUUUACAGCUUUUAGUACCGGACUAUUUGUGAUGGGCUUAUUAUUCUGGUGGAUUAGAGACUGGAGAAUUUUUACUAUAGUUACAACAGCUCCUCUAAUUCCUUUUUUAAUAAUGUCUUGGACAAUGAUUGAAUCUCCUCGAUGGUUAUACACUCAAGGUAGAUUACAGGAAUCAUUAACUCAAUUAAAAAAAAUUGCAAAAGUUAAUAAAAAAAAAAUCGAGGACAGCACAGAAAAGGAGCUGCUGAGCGCAAAUUUUAGCGAAUCACCUCAAAUUUUUGGUGUGAUGAUGUUGUUUUCCUCGAAACAACUUACAAUAAAUACCAUAUUACAGGCAAUCAUUUGGAUUGUUGCUUCGUUGAGCUAUGUGCUGUUAUUGAUGAGAUCAGGAGAAAAAACAGACGGAAACCCAUUUCUCGAUUUCGCAUGGCAAUCAUUAAUAGAGGUUCCUUCAGUCUAUCUAGCGGCUUGGCUGGCGGAUAAAAUUGGUCGCCGUUAUACAGGAAUAGUAUCAAUCGGAGUUAUAGCAGCCAUGUGGACAAGUUUAGCUAUUAGAGAAAAUAGCGCAGGAGGAUGGAUUCGCAAAUGGUGGAUGGGAACUUUAUUGAACAUUGUUGCUAGAUUAGCAACAACUGUGACAUUUUUUGUAAUUAAUUUGCUAAACAUGGAACUUUACCCAACUUGUAUUCGACAAACGGGUACGGCUUUAGGAAAUAUCGUAGCUGGAACAACUUCAGUAGUGGCACCUUAUGUGUUAUAUUUGGGCCGGCGAAUUGAUUCAAGGUUACCUGGUAUUAUCGUGUCACUCACAUGUUUACUGGGUAUUUUAGCAUCGUAUUUGCUACCCGAAACUUUAAAAGCGAAACUACCGGAAACGCUAGAAGAAGCCCAAACAUUUGGACGUAAAAAUAGAAGUCUUGAUUCAAGAGAAUUGCAACCUUUAAAAACACCAUAAAAUGUAUAAUAAUG